AGGGCUCGAGUAAUCCAUCCUAUGAGAGGAGGGGAUGGAGCGCGGGAGGCCGAGCUGCUAAAGCGCUGGAAGACGAUCGAGGAGGAGGAGGAUGACGAUCGGUACCGGCGCCUCAAGGAAUCCUGGUUCGCCGAUGCGUUUGAGUUCCUCAAGAAGCUCCCGGCGGAUCGGCAUUGCUGGUGCCAUCACCGGGACGUCUCGAUGCCGCUGCUCGAGACGUUUCACGCAUAUUUCAAGAGCGCGGAUGAAAAUCUCUCGAUCAAAGUGCUCUGGAAGAGGCUUUCUUCCGAGCUCAGUGUUUGCACGAGCUGCGUCGUCCAGUACUACCAGGUGAAAGAACACUAUCGGAAUGAGUACAUGGACGCUGUCGUCAAGCCGAUCCUUGCCGUGUUGCUGACACUUGACAAGCAGAGAGUGAUCUCGUCCAUGCAAAGCUCUGUCAAGACCGGUGAUGAAAGAAGCGUUGCAUGUCUCCUCUACGAGCUUUUUAUGUAUCCUGAGCUUCUCGAUGACUCCGACCUGAACGAAGGUCUUGUCCAGUUCAUGCGCUACGUCUCCGACACUCACGAGCUCCAAUUCGCCACGGACAGAAAGUAUCCGGGCUUGUGUGCGCUACUAUUUCACAGCAGCCAAGUGGUACGAGGAGUCGCCUAUAACCUUGCGACGACACUGGAACCCUUCAAAAACGCCGAAGAACUGGAAGUUGUUCAGCCACUCCUCGAAAAACGUAUGAAGUUUCUGGAAUCACCAUCACCUGUAAAUGCCAUCGUGGGAGUGACCUUUGAGUCUCUGUGGCAGGGGCUAAAGAGCAUAUUGCAUCGCCUCGAAGCACCCGCGAUUGAAGACGGUAUCAUGGAAAGUUAUCCAUUAUUCCUCGGUGUCGUUCUCAACUACGUGAGUGAAAGUGGCAGCACCGUUUUCUGGAACGCCCUCUGCUGCCUUAAAACACUCCUGAAAGUUCUCGGAUUGAAACUGUGGCUAAAAAGCUCUUUUACUCCUUCCGUAUUGCGGAACACUCUUCUCAGCCAGUGCUUUCAUGUUAAAGAUGAAAAAAUCCACAAGGAAGUUUUUGAUAUUUUUGAGUUCUUCCUACAGUCUUUAGAGGCCCUUCAAGACGGACAGUAUGAAAGGCAACGGCGGUAUCUUCUCUAUUUUCUUCUUCAACAAGUGCCAUUUAGCAGCAACUUUAGCCCGUUGACCAAGAAACUUGGCUCAAAGGUUGCAUUCGAUAUUGUGGCACGGAGUUACAAGAUGGAGCCGCCUUUGCCUCCGUUCGAUUGUGCACAUUUCUGGGGUCCUUCGUUACUAGCAUCUAUUAAGGACACUGAGCUACCUCUGCAAUAUCGUCAAUCUGCUCUAAAUCUUACCGGUAUUUUACUCGUUGCGGAUGCUGCUGCCUUAUCCGCUUUGUAUUGCAAAGUACGGCCGUCGAAAGAAGAAGACGCGGGUGCGGAAGGAUUUUCCUGGCAGAGCUUCAUUCAACAAGUUGAAUCAGAAAGUGAUAACUGGUACUGCGUCCCUCUUAUAUGGAUUGGAGCGUUGGAAACUACAGCGCCUUCCGUUUUUUCAUCUUCGCUCUUGAAGGCUUUUCUCUGGGCAGCUUCACGUUUAUCCAUUUUUGAAGUCAAUGUGGCGGCUACAACAGGUUCUGCAGCUUUCUCUGCUUCACUGCACUGGCAAAUUCCGACGGGGUGUGAUGAUGGGAGCGAUGGUAAAGGAUGUCUUAAUGCCAUGAAAGCUAGCAGUAAUUUCCGGAUGUUGAUCAAUGUCUUCAAAAGAUGCACAGAUUCGUUUGGACAUAAAUUCCGGGCUGAUGGAAUUUUCGUUGACUGGCAAUGGGAGCCGACGAUGGCCGAGUGCUUUAUUUUGCUGCUGAUGAACUCAUCUGUGGAUUUGCGUAUGGUGGCCAAAGAUAUACUUCAACAGUUUUCCAAGGAUAACGGCCUUGAUUCUGUGAUUCAUUUCUUUUGCAAAAGUGAGGAAGCGCUAGACUACAUUAUCCGCGGAUUCAGUCAUGCUGUCAAGUUUUUAAGCGUUGAGCCUUAUGGACAUUGUUCGUCGCGACAACACGUUUAUUUUCUUGGGACAAGGUUUCUUAGUUUUGGCUCGCAAGUAUUUUCUCGGAAGCUCUCUACUUUGCUGUGGCCAUCACUAGUAAACGCCAUCAUUCACGGACAACAAUGUCUCCCAGUCACUGGAUACGAGGCAAGUUGCUCUCGUUUAUUCGAUCUGCUUCCACUAGUUUUCAAGUACACGAUACCGUCGGCUGAACUGAAGCUGUGGAAUGUAAGCUCUAAUAUGGACAGUCCUUCCUGGUUCCGAAGUCUUCUUGCAUGGAGCAGCACACCUUUUCCCAGCAUUCGCAGGCGUUAUAUCGAGGCACUUGUAUCUAUACUAGAAGAUCUAGCUCGUGGGGGAGUAUCUCAGAGUAAAGAAAUUAAAGAGUUACUACAACCAGGCUCUGUGCUAGAGAACGAGGAGAGGGAGAGGCUACUCUUAUUGUUUUCAUCCAAUGCACAUGAACUCGAAAGUCUGAAGUCCGAUACUAAGGCAGGGGCGGAAGUUGUACUUCUCAGUAGCGAUGAGGAGGCAAAGCCGGUUGUUUCUAAGAAGGGGCCCGAUGUCCAAGCUGAACCAGGGCCUUCAGGACGUCAACAUAAAAGGCCUGCGGUACGAAAGGUGGCAAGCCAAACUCUGCAUAGAAGAGAGGACUUAAACAAACAGAAGCAGUAUGAGCCUCGUCAAAGUCACGGAGAGAUGGAUAUCCGGAACCUUUUGGGCAAAAACUUGAACAAGCUCGCUUCGCAACCACAGCAACUUACGACUAUGGAACCACCAACCAAGCCCGUCGAGAUGGAGAAGCAAGCUAAGCCUAUACAACAGGUGCACCAAGUUAGCCCUGCUGAGCGGAAGCAGCAAAGGCCGAUUGAACCGGUGUUACCAGCUGAAGCGAAAAAUGCUGACGACAUGAGCAAACUUCUCAAUGAUCUCGUUAGUGAGGAUGAGGUUUCCAAGAAGCAGCGUGCACCUUUAAUGUCAACAGCACCAAAAGAGAGACGGAAGCUGAUGAAGAUCGACAUGCCUGUACCCGAUGCACAGCUGAAACCUUCAAUUUUGCCAAGAAACAAACGUCGUCCAGGAAAACCUCCGCCACCGAAGAUGGACGAGUGGCUUAUGCGGAUCUUAAGUCUGGACCUGUUUGCUGACAACGAAGACCCGCCUGACCUGGUGAAGGUUCCCCUGAGUUUUAGAAACGUUGAGCAGUACAUGGAAGUCUUUCGGCCGCUACUCAUAGAGGAGUUUCGAGCACAACUUCAUCGUGCUCGCGACGAGUUUAACGCAGAUGAUACAGAGAAAGUGGGGAUGGUUCAUCUUAUGAGCUUGGAACGUGUUGACAACCUUCACGUGGCACGGUUUAAGUCAGAAGCUGGAAAAGUCGGUGCAUCUUCAGCUUGCACUGAGAACGAUUUGCUGCUUAUAAGCAAGAAGCCUUUUCUAGAAUGCCCAGGGAGCGUGCAUCUACUGGGAAAGGUGGAUCGUCGAGAUAAAGAUGUUUUCAGUGCGAAGCUCUUCUUGCCUCCAAACAACGAGAAGCUUUUUAAGUUAAAGAGCGUGCUUCACAUUCGCAGUACAUGGCACAUAACUCGGCUCAUGAACAUCACGCCGCAAGUUCGGGAAUUUCAGGCCGUCUCUGCACUGUCAUCUUCGCCAUUAUUGGAAGCUAUACUGUCACCCGCCGCGUCUGAUCAGCAUUCAGGUAGACCUGUUCCGCUACCGGAGAAACUGUGGCGAAAGCUCAAAGAAGAUUACAAUGAGAGUCAAUUAUCAGCUAUAAAAGCCAGCUUAGGAGAUAGCCGGAAAGAUCAGCACGAAAUCUCUCUAGUUCAGGGGCCACCAGGUACAGGAAAGACCCGAACUAUAGUUGCUAUUGUCAGCGCACUAUUACAUAGUCGUGAAAGCAACGAGGACGUUUGCCGUACUUCUGGAAAUCAGAGACUUAGCCACCAUGCAGCGGUUGCUAGCUCCUGGCAAGCGAUGGCUUAUGCAAAGCAGAUUGAACGUGAUCAACUUGCCCCGACGAAGGCAAAGGCGAGGGUUCUUGUUUGUGCACAGUCAAAUGCAGCUGUCGACGAGCUAGUUGGUCGACUUCGUGAGAUAUACAGUCCAACAGGCCAGCUUUACAGGCCCAAACUUGUGCGUACUGGGAAUGCAAGACUGGUGCAUCCUGAUUCAGUGCCGGUUUUUAUCGACACGCUCAUCAAAGAGGACGCCGACACUAGCCAGGAGGAUUCUGCUCAGGAACUGGUUUCCAAGCUGGAACAGGUCACAGAAAAGAUAAAUGAGAUUCUUCGUCGGAAGUCUGAAGGUGUUCAUGACGACUCGCUGAUGGCAAAGCUGACGCAGUUGGAGCAGCAGAAGAACGAUCUUAAUCUGGAUAUUCGUAAAUCUAGAAAGACUUUCGAGAUCAGCAAGGAGAGGAGAAGAAAGCUGAAAAACCAGAACAUCCGGGACGCCGACAUUGUGUUGACGACACUGGGUGGCUGUGGAGGAGAUGUAUAUGCUGCGUGCAUGGAUACCUCGGAAAAGGAUACUGAACUCUUUUUCGAUGCUGUUGUGAUUGACGAAGCUGGACAGGCGCUGGAACCAGCUAGUUUGAUUCCCUUACAGUUUCUGGGAGGCAAUCACGGAAGAUGUGUCCUGGUAGGAGAUCCCAAGCAGCUUCCAGCAACAGUCUUAUCACAAGCGGCAAGCAGCGUAUGCUACGAGCGCAGCAUGUUUGAACGCUUCCAGAAGAACGGCUAUCCGGUGACGAUGCUUAGUACACAGUACCGAAUGCAUCCGGACAUUCGAAAGUUUCCAUCUUCGUAUUUUUACAACAAUCAGCUCGUCGAUGGAGCGAGCGUUUUGGGGGACAAGAGACGCGCAAGCUUUCACAAUGACAGGUUUUUUCGACCAUACACCUUCUUCGACGUCAUCGAUGGACAAGAGAGGGCUGGCGGGUCAUCAGUUGGAAACGUGGACGAAGUUGACGUCGCGGUCAAGCUGUAUGAACGGUUCCAAGCGAAGUAUCCUCAAGAGAUCCAACCUGGACGCAUAGGAGUGAUUACUCCUUAUAAGCAGCAGCUCAAUAUGCUGAAGCGAGCUUUCCAACGUUUCGGCGAGAAAAUUUCAUCGAUUUUGGAGUUCAACACCAUCGAUGGCUUUCAAGGUCGGGAGGUGGAUAUUCUCAUUCUCUCUACCGUGCGGGCCUCUUUGGAACCAAAAGGCAUCGGCUUUGUAGCGGAUAUCCGGCGGAUGAACGUGGCGCUAACUCGUCCGAGGUUCUCCUUGUGGAUAAUCGGUAGUGCCAUGGCCCUUCGAAGCAAUCGGGCUUGGGCUGCUCUACUCGAAGAUGCUACGUCAAGGGGGGCGGUGUACCCAAUACAAAAGCCAUACAGCAAAGCGUUUAACUGUCGGGGCGACCAGAAUAUAACCCGAGACGUGGACCCGAUGGUGCAAGGUGGUGGUGGUACGUCCUCUAGGAAAAGACCAGGAGAGCAAACUGGAAGCUUCAGGGACAAGAAAAAACAGAAGAGAGGUGAAGAAGUGGCGAAACCUCCGAGAGGUAUCAAGAUUUUGGACGAAGCUCCAGACACUUGCAAGCAGGAACUCCACAAGAAAGCAAGAGCUUCUGCAAGUUUGGACAAUCGAGAGCAUGGAAGUAGCAGUAGACGGGUGUCGGCUAACCAGUCGGAGGGGGGUGCCAAAGUUUUGCAGGAUAACAGACAGAGAGAUGGCCGGCGAGCCGUAGAUAGCACGGUUUUGGAAACUCGGCCUGAAAGUUGUGAACAGAAUCGCGACAGGCAAAGUGUUGAAGAUCAGAGGCAGAAUAAAGUCGAAGACAAGAGGCCUCCCGUUCCUUCAUCAAAGCAGCAGCAAUCGGGUCCAGCUAGGAAACACAUCGACGCGAAUGAGACCAAGAGGAAGGGCAGAGAAGAAGUUCUUGCGCUCUUGUCAGGCUCGUUGUUCGACUCCAAGAGACCAGGUUCGCUUCGUUUUCUAUGGCUCCUUGUUCUUUUUCCUUUGCGAUCCAUCGCUGAUUCUAAGCUCGCAGAUCUAUCAUCUCGACAGGCCAGCAGAAGCGUCGCUCCUCCAAAGAGGCCAUCGGAUUUGCCAAAGAAGCCGAGAGAGAAGAACUGACGAAGCUGGGAUUAUUCGCAUUGCUCGCUCGCCGCGCGUGUACAGAAGAAGAAGACAAGAACUGUACAUAUAUAACAGUAGGAGGUCAGCUGAACAGCGGUUGGCAUCUUCCAGGCCCGUGGGAUAGGAUAUUCGCAGCGCUGGAGGCUCGCCAUUGGUUGGACGGUGCGAGCGCCACAGCUGUGCCACGUGCUGCAAUUUUGCUGAACGGAUAUAUACGUACGAGUGGGCCACGAUGGCGACAGGUGGCGGGGCCCGGUGACUUUUUUAUUUUAUUUUCCUCUCAUGACGCGACGCCCCCAGGAAAUUUUGGGAGUGAUCGUACGGCCGGUGGCGGGCCAGCUGGAACCCAUCUUGUCGAGAAAUGCGGGCCGUUAGCCAGCAACGGUCGAGAUGAAGGUGUCGUGGUGGAAUAUUCGUUUCUAUGAUUCGAAUUUAAAGUUUUGGGCGUAA